AGUAGGGAGAGAUACAGAGGCAAAGGAAAGAGUUCGACUUAAAGAAACUAAGUCAAUGGUGAUGAAUAGAAAUGGUAGUCCUGGAAAUCGCAACAGAUGGUUGAGGAUAUAGAUGGAACAGGGAAACUCUUAUGGAAACUGCUUGAAUGGAAAAGGCUUCAACAUCUACAGAAAGAAUUGACCUGAAAAACUAAAUUAGAUCGGAUGAGUGUAUUCUGGAGUUCCUUGCUAAAUGUCAUCUUUUGGAUUUAGAUCAGACUUGAAACAUUUGCUCGGGAUUGCUGAAAAGAUUUUUAUCGUUUUGUUGUGCUUUUACCCAAGUUCAUUUAUCUUUCACAACAGCUUCCUGGACUUGAAAGCAAGCCUAAACGCAGCCAAUAGAAAUCAAAUGAAAAGUUAUUUAAUUUCUUAAGACUUAUUUGAGAACACCCAUGGCAGAUCCUCUGGAAGGUCACUUGUUAGAGGCUGUGAAUCAACAAUUGAACUCCAGCUCCACACAAGGAGAGCAGAUCCCACAGCCUCCUGUAGCUGACAGUCAGGCAUCCUUACAUGGACACAGGAAAAGCAUUCACUGCAGCCGGGAACCAAAGAAGUGGACGCAGUCCGUGUAUGGGUCCAUGUCAGUCUCUUCUGAUUUUGGGUCUGUGGUCCAGGGCAGGGCAUGGAGGAAUCAGCACUCUCCAGAAAAUGCUGCUCGAGAGAGGAGUCGUGUUAGGAACCUGCGGCAGGCUUUCCACAGUUUGCAGGCAGCUCUACCUUCAGUUCCACCUGACACUAAACUGUCCAAGCUGGAUGUUCUGGUUCUGGCUACUAACUAUAUAGCUUACCUGACAGAGAUGCUGGAUAAGGGGGUAUCAGUUGCUGAUCCCCGUUUCAGACCUGGUGGAUAUCUGCAUCCUGUUAAGGUAAAUCAAUAUAUGUGCAUGUUGUAUCGACUAUAA